AUGUCCUUCCCGCAGCUGGGCUACCCGCAGUACCUGAGCGCCGCGGGGCCCGGCGCCUACGGCGGAGAGCGCCCGGGGGUGCUGGCCGCUGCUGCAGCGGCCGCCGCCGCCGCCUCGUCGGGCCGGCCUGGGGCGGCGGAGCUGGGCGCGGGCGCGGGCGCGGCGGCGGUCACCUCGGUGCUGGGCAUGUACGCGGCGGCCGGACCUUACGCGGGCGCGCCCAACUACAGCGCCUUCCUGCCCUAUGCAGCGGACCUCAGCCUCUUCUCGCAGAUGGGCUCACAGUAUGAACUCAAGGACAACCCUGGGGUGCACCCUGCCACCUUCGCUGCCCACACAGCGCCGGCCUACUACCCCUACGGGCAGUUCCAGUAUGGGGAUCCCGGGCGGCCCAAGAACGCCACGCGCGAGAGCACAAGCACGCUCAAGGCCUGGCUCAACGAGCACCGCAAGAACCCCUACCCCACCAAGGGCGAGAAGAUCAUGCUGGCCAUCAUCACCAAGAUGACCCUCACGCAGGUCUCCACCUGGUUCGCCAACGCGCGCCGGCGCCUCAAGAAGGAGAACAAGGUGACGUGGGGUGCACGCAGCAAGGACCAGGAGGACGGUGCCCUUUUCGGAAGUGACACGGAGGGCGAUCCCGAGAAGGCCGAGGACGAUGAGGAGAUCGAUCUGGAAAGCAUCGACAUCGACAAGAUCGACGAGCACGACGGCGACCAGAGCAACGAGGACGAUGAGGACAAGGCUGAGGCACCGCGAGCGCCCACAGUGCCCACAGCCCUCGCCCGGGAUCAGGGAUCGCCGCUGGCGGCCGCCGACGCGCUCAAGACCCAAGACUCUCCUCUAGGCUUGGCUAAGGAGGCCCAAGAGCCCGGCAGCACACGCCUGCUGAGUCCAGGCGCGGCGGCGGGUGGCCUGCAGGGCGCGCCGCACAGCAAGCCCAAGAUCUGGUCACUGGCCGAGACGGCCACCAGCCCGGACGGCGCGCCCAAAGCCUCGCCGCCACCCGCCAGCCAUCCGGGCGCGCAUGGGCCCCCUGCGGGCGCGCCUCUGCAACACCCCGCUUUCCUGCCCAGCCACGGACUGUACACCUGCCACAUCGGCAAGUUCUCCAACUGGACCAACGGCGCCUUCCUGGCACAGGGCUCGCUGCUGAACAUGCGUUCUUUUCUGGGCGUCGGCACGCCCCACGCCUCGCCCCACGGCCCGCACCUGCCCGCGCCGCCGCCUCCGCCGCAGCCGCCCGUCACCGUUGCCGCCGGAAUGCUCCACGGCGACAAGGCCUCGGCCCGCAGCAGCCCCACGCUCCCAGAGAGAGACGUUGUCCCCAGGCCAGACUCGCCGCCACAGCAGUUAAAGUCGCCCUUCCAGCCCGUGCGCGACAACUCGCUGGCCCCGCAGGAGGGAACGCCGCGGAUCCUAGCAGCCCUCCCGUCUGCCUGAUUCAGGG